AUGUCUGAACAAGCUCAAUCUCAGCAAGGUCCCGCCGCCCGUGGCGGUUUCGGUGGUCCCCGUGGCGGCCCCAGACGUGGUGGCCCCAAGGGUCGCCGUGGUCCUAAGAAGGACGAGGAGAAGGGCUGGGUCCCUGUCACCAAGCUCGGUCGUCUCGUCAAGGCUGGCAAGAUCUCUUCCCUUGAGGAGAUUUACUACCACGCUCUCCCCGUUAAGGAGUACCAGAUCAUUGAUCAGUUCCUUCCCGGCCUCAAGGACCAGGUUAUGAACAUCAAGCCCGUCCAGAAGCAGACCCGUGCCGGUCAGCGUACCAGAUUUAAGGCUGUUGUCCUUGUUGGUGACGGCAAUGGUCACAUUGGUCUCGGUAUCAAGACCGCCAAGGAGGUUGCCACCGCCAUCCGUUCCGCCAUCAACAUUGCCAAGCUCUCUGUCAUUCCUAUUAGAAGAGGUUACUGGGGUUCUGCUCUCGGUGAGCCCCACUCCAUUUCCGCUAAGGUUCAGGGCAAGUGCGGUUCCGUCACUGUCAAGCUCGUCCCCGCUCCCCGUGGUACCGGUGUCGUUGCCUCUCCCGCCGUCAAGAAGCUCCUCGAGCUCGGUGGUGUCAAUGAUGCUUAUACUUCCUCUGCUGGUUCUACCAGAACCCUUGAGAACACCCUCAAGGCUGCUUUCGUUGCUGUCGGUAACACUUACGGUUUCCUUACCCCCAACCUUUGGGCCCCCACUGCUAUCCAGGCUUCUCCUCUGGAUACCUACAGCGACAUUGCUACUGGCAAGAAGUUUUAA